UUGUUUUUGAACGUCGGGCGCUGAUUGGCUGUGAGAGCGAGGAAGAGCCAGUUUAAACCGGGGGGCGGGAGCGACUUCAGUUUGAAUUCGAGAAAAGCAGCAGUUCGGCCCGCUAACAUCCCGACAAACACCCGCAGUAACAUGGCCUCUUCCCAGAACAUGGACCCAGCGGCUGCAGCAGCUUCAUCGUCGGCGGCUCUGAAAGGCAGCGAGAGUGGAGGCAGCGCAGCCAGGAGCUCUGUGUCCAAACGGUUGCAACAGGAGCUCAUGACUCUGAUGAUGUCAGGUGACCACGGGAUCUCAGCGUUUCCAGAAUCAGAUAAUCUCUUCAAAUGGGUCGGGACGAUUAACGGAGCUCAGGGGACGGUGUACGAGGGUCUCCGGUACCGCCUGUCUCUGGAGUUCCCGGCCGGUUACCCGUACCAGGCUCCCCGUGUGAAGUUUGUCACUUCGUGUUUCCAUCCCAAUGUGGACGAGCAGGGCUUCAUCUGUCUGGACAUCCUGAAGGACAAAUGGUCGGCGCUGUACGACGUCCGCUCCAUCCUGCUGUCCAUCCAGAGCCUGCUGGGAGAGCCGAACAACGAGAGCCCUCUGAACACGACUGCUGCUGAACUCUGGAACAACCAGGAAGCCUUUAAAGCUCAUCUACACUCGACCUUCCAGAAAUGAAGACGCUCCACCUUUUAUCCUUCUUCUUCUUAUUCUGUUUGUCUUCUGUGUUUGUACAAUAUUUUUAUGUUUGUUCACAUUGUUGUAUCAAUAAAGUUCUUAAUUCAGCACAAA